GUGGACAAGGACGACGGAGACCUGGGCGACUCGGACCAGCGACCCGAGUCCCGCCUCUCGAGCCACGACGAGGGCUCCCUCCUCAGCGGCGAGGACGACCGAGGUCAGAGGUCAAGCGAGGCCAAGGGAGGCGGGGACGGGGUGACCACCACCACCGGGAAGACCCGCCGGCGCCGCACCGCCUUCACCUCCGAACAGCUCUUGGAACUGGAGAAGGAAUUCCACUCCAAGAAAUACCUCAGCCUCACAGAGAGAUCUCAAAUCGCCCAUAACCUCAAGCUCUCCGAGGUUCAGGUGAAAAUCUGGUUCCAGAACCGUCGUGCCAAGUGGAAGCGGGUGAAGGCGGGGAUCACGUCGGGGGCCCGGGGCGGGGGCAGCGGGGCCGGGGGCAACAAGAUCGUCGUCCCCAUCCCCGUCCACGUGAACCGGUUCGCCGUCCGCAACCAGCUGGACAAGGGCAUCAGCGUCCCGUCCCUCCCGCAGCAUCAUCACCAUCAUCUUCCGGCUCUUCACCAUUUCCAUCACGCCCUUCAU